CGGACCAGUUUAUAUUUUCUAGACACUUUUUAAUGUUUUUUUUUUAGUGUUUUUGAAUUAAAUGUGACAAAAUGAAAGAAGCUGUGUGGACCAGACUUCAAAUGUUUUUGGUCAUUUUUCUUAUUACGGAUACUUUGCCUAAUUCCGAAUGUAUUGUCAAUUCGCCAAGUAUCAUAAGCAGAGAUGGGAAUCUAAUUUUCGCAUCCGGAGUAGAUCGCAAUAUCAGUAUUCUGUUGUCUGGAAAUUCGCGGCUAACCAUCAACGAAGAAAUCGAUGUGCUGGACCUUCUGAUGGCCACCGGUGGACCCAAAACCAUUGAUCCCAAAACUGAAUGGAAUUCCGUCGAAAAAGUCGUAAGGGAUCAGCUAGAGGAUCAGCUGAAUGAUUUUCAAAUGCGAGCUUUUGGGCCCAAAGGGUUGAGUGCCAUGCUGGAUAAACUGUUAAAUAGCUCAAGCGUUUCGGAGGCUCUGUUGGAACGCCUCAAGGAGCAGCUUCGGGUGGUGGAGAACUUUUCAUAUGACAUGGCAAAUCUAGAGUGUAAAAAUGCACCCUGCCAAAAUGGAGGAAAAUGUGUCAACAAUUUCACCUCGUAUUAUUGCGAAUGUCCAUCGAACUUCGAGGGCAAUUUGUGCGAGGUGGACGUUAACGAGUGCGCCCUGUACGAGGGCACCGAUCUGGGUUGCCAGAAUGGAGCCGAGUGCCACAAUCGGCCUGGCACAUACAGUUGCCUGUGUGCAGCGGGUUGGCAUGGGAUGCACUGCACCCAGCGAAGGGCGGACUGUUUGCAGUCGAGUUCCUGGGAACUCUGUGGCCACGGGUCAUGCGUACCAAGCUCAGAGGCCACCGGCUACCGUUGCCUCUGCGAUCCUGGUUGGACGACCAAUGGACUGACUCCCGCCUGUGACCAGGAUGUGGACGAGUGCAGCGUUGGGUCAUCGGGCCAUGCGCCCUGCUCCACCAAAUGCAUCAAUCUGCCGGGCAGCUUCACCUGCUCGCCCUGUCCCGUUGGCCUAACCGGAAAUGGAUGGUCCUGCCAGGACUUGGACGAAUGCCAGACGAACAAUGGUGGCUGUAGUCUUCAUCCCAGGGUCCAAUGCAUAAACACCUACGGAUCGCAUCAUUGCGGAGAAUGUCCAAUGGGCUGGACCGGCGAUGGGUUGGUGUGCGAACGGAUUCCGUCGGAAAAUAGUGUUCCGGGUGAAACAAGCUACAGAAGUUGCCCGCCGGAGAACAAUCCCUGCCAUCCGGUGGCCACUUGUCAGUUGCUUUCCGGAUCGGCAUCCUGCAGCUGCCCAAUGGGCAUGAUGGGAACGGGUUACGGUCCGAGUGGCUGCCGCAACGGAUCGACCACAAAUUGUCAACGUCAACCUUGCCUUAAUAAUGGUAUUUGCCGUGACGAAGGUCCCUCAAACUUUACUUGCUUGUGCCCCCAAGGAUUCCGUCCGCCGAUAUGCGAGCCGGAGUCGAAUAAAUGCGAUCCGAAUCCGUGCCAAAACAUGGGGAUCUGUAGUAUCGAAAACACAGUUGCCGAUGGCUUUGUGUGCCAGUGUUUUCCGGGCUAUGUUGGACACCUGUGCUCCAUAGAACACAGUGCCUGCAACGACAUCCUAAGUGCCGAAAGGGGCAGGUUGAAAUAUCCACCGAAAGGCGGGCAAUACGAACACAAUUCGCGGUGUGACUGGCUAAUCCAAACCAAUGAAUCGUUGGUCCUGAAUGUGACCUUUCAUAGCUUCGAUCUGGAGGACUCAACGGAGUGCCGAUUCGAUUGGCUGCAAAUUAACGACGGCAAGUCUAAAGAAGACCGACUAAUUGGCCGCUAUUGUGGAGCCCAGUUUCCAAACAGCGGCAAUAUUGUGUCCUCCGGGAAUCAGUUGUCUCUGCGUUUCCACUCUGACAAUGCGACUGCAAAGGAGGGAUUUGAUCUCACGUGGAACUCGAUUGAACCGCAAUGCGGUGGCAAGUUGGAUGUCGAGGACAGUGGCACACUCUAUUCGCCAGGAUCACCGGGAAAUUAUUUAAAGAACAUGGACUGCCGCUGGCAUUUGGUGGCACCAAUGACCAAGCGCAUCAAGCUCACAUUUAUAAGUUUUCAACUGGAGGAGCAUGAUAAUUGCAAUUUUGACUUUGUCCUGAUCAAAGACAGCAUUUCUGGUCGCCAAUUGGUCAAAUUCUGCAGUAGUGGGCAUCCGGAGCCACUGAUUUUGCCCACCCACCGGGCGGAAAUUGAGUUCCACUCGGAUGCGGAGGGUAGCGAUGCGGGAUUCCGCAUUCAUUAUUCCGCGGUGGAUUCUGUGCCCGGCUGCGGUGGCUCCUACACUGCCAAGAUGGGUACCAUAUCGGCAUCAUCUGCAGUUGGACAGCCAACCAGUGGAGCUUUCUGCGAAUACGAGAUUCAAUUGGCGGCGGGUGAACAGAUAGUCAUUCAGUUUGUCCACCUGGAGUUGGGCACCCUGGACUGCGUGGAACUGAUAGAUGAGGAUAGUACUGCUCUGAGGGACAAGAUCUGCGGAUCGGAUGCAGCGGUCUCCAAUCCACCAUCUUUCACCUCGCAGUCAAAUCGAGUGAUGGUUAAGUUCUAUGCCGUCGCAGGCAGCUUCGAGCUAAAUUACCGAAUGUCCUGUGACUUCACAUUGGACAGUAACACAGGUACUUUGACCUCCCCCGGAUAUCCAAAUCUGACCAGGAGCGAUCGCCUGUGCACCUAUACGAUUAGAACACCCAGCAACACUUUGAUCAGCGUGAAGCUGAUAGACUUUGAGCUGCAAAGCACCGAGAACGACGAUGAAGACUAUGAAAAUUAUCAAGAAGUUAAAAAUGAUAAAGACUGUUCAACUACUAACUUAAAGAUAAUCGAUGGGCUGAACCGUCAGAUCCUGGGGCCCUACUGCAGCAAGAAUAAGCCGCAACAGGAGUUUAUCAGCCGGACGAAUUACCUGCAAUACCAACUGACCACAAAUGCAGACAGUACGGGUCGUGGCUUCAAGUUCGAGUACGAAGUUUUGUCCACUGGAAGUCGGAAAUGCGGCGGAGUGCACACGACGCCUGGCGAUCACAUCCGUUUGCCAGAGAAUCCGGAUGACUUGUGCUAUUGGGUGAUACUGGCUCCGCCCAAAAAGGCCAUCCGACUGCAUUGGAAUCAAUUGCAAUUUGCCAGCCCCUUUGAUGACUGUACAUUCGGUUCUAUAGAGAUUUUCGACAGUUUGAAUGCCCAGCUUACAGAUGCUAAGAACACGUCCCUGGGCAGAUUCUGUCACUCCAGAUCGAUGCCGGAUGAUCUGGUGAGCCAUUCAAACCAUCUGGUCAUCAAGUACAGCUCGUUUAUAAAACUAGGAGAAGACCUUUUCGAGUUGUCUUACUCAUUUGAGGAUCGUAAAGAGUGCGGUGGCCACAUUCACGGUUCCAGUGGGGAGCUAAGAUCUCCAGGUUAUCCGAUGACAAACUAUUCCUCCAGCUUGGACUGCGAUUGGCACUUGACUGGACCCUUCAACUAUCAGCUGGAAAUUGAGAUCGAUUUUUUCGAUUUGGAGUACUCCCCUAAGUGCACUGGGGAUUAUCUGGAGGUUAGAAAUGGGGGAGGCAUAGAUUCCCCGCUAAUAGGACGCUUCUGUGGGAGGACAAUAACCACGCGGAUACCCAGUUUCGGCUACGAGUUUCGAUUGCUCUUUCAUACGGAUUCAGCAAUCAGUGGGCGUGGCUUCCACCUCCGCUGGCGCCAGAUAGCCAUCCAAUGCGGUGGUCACCUGCCUUCCAGCACGGGGGUCAUCCUCUCACCCAGAUACCCGAAUGCGUUUCCCGCCCAUUUAAACUGCAAGUGGUGGUUGAGCGUGCACCCCGGAUCGGGGGUUUCACUGCUCAUCGAGGACAUUAAUAUUCGAGGAUUCUUUCUGGACCAAUGCGUUUUAGAAAGGUUGGAGAUCUACUCGGGAUUUCAAAUGCCCGGCGAUCGGCCGGCAAAGACAAUCUGCAAACGGACAAUGGAACAGAUUAAUCUGAAUACCAGCCAAGCCACCGUGGUCUUCCAUUCCGAUUCGUAUUCACGUUCCCACUCCCACCGCGGAUUCCGGAUAUCAUACACACCCAAUUGCGUACAAAACCUGACGGCCCCCUUUGGAACCAUCGAGAGUGUGAACUACAUGGAACUCAAUUGGGAGAACAUGCUAGUGAAUUGCAGAUGGACAAUUCGGGCUCCCAAGGGCAAUCACAUUCGCCUGGAAGUCUCUCAUUUGCAGCAUUUGCCUGGUGUCCCGCCGGUUGGAUUGUACAUCAUAGAUGGUCGCGAUAUCGACGCCAUCUUGUCCCCCGGUGUGGUUGAUUCCAAAGAUGAUCUGCUAACCAUUGUCCACAAUGCCAGCAGCUUGAAUUUUCAGUUGGACUACCAAGUGGUUGGCUGUUUGGAGAGCCUGUACGGCGAAAACGGCACUUUCCAUUCGCCGAACCACCCGAAAAUGUAUCCCAACAACAUGGAGUGCUACUGGCUAAUCGAAGUGGUACGAGAAAAGGCCAUCGAGCUUACUAUUACCGAUUUGGAUAUCGAGGAGAGCGUCAAUUGCACCAAAGAUGCGCUGACGGUUUCUGACCAUAAAACUGAGAUGCUGGCAAACGAGCGCCAUUGUGGCUCCAGGCUCAAGUUGGUUCUCACCAGUUCUGGACAUAGGAUGCACGUACGUUUUGUCUCGGACGGAUCGCAUAAUGGGCGAGGCUUCAACGCCACCUAUCGAACAGUGGAAAAAACUUGUGGUGGCAAGAUCUCGACCAGGAACAGAGUGAUUCAGCUGCUAAGCGACCCAGUCCCCUUUUUAAUGGACGCACGAUGCGAGUGGCAAGUGGAGGCGCCCCCUCACCACAGUAUUGUGUUCGAGGUGCAAAACCUGGAUUCAAAAAUGUGGGAGCAUGGCAACUGCACCUCGAAGUUUAUAGAGGCCGUCGAUCUCACAGACGACGACGCCGAGGAUCAUAUGUUGUUUAAGAUAUGCAAUGGAAGGGAUGAAUUUAACACAUCGAUAGUUUCAACUACCAAUCGAGCACUGGUGCGAUACUUCCUCUAUGGCAUCUACAAAUUCACCCCAUUCCGGCUGCACUUCCACGAGUCCUGUGGUCAGACGGUUAUCAUUAGGGAUACGGACUUGAAGUACAUUCAGUUGGCACUCCAGCCGAAGCAAAACGAGAACUGUGUGUGGGUGCUGCAAGCCCAGGAGCCAAGCAACCGAAUCAUUUUUACGCCUACGCAUAUAAGGUUGCGCGAUGAGGUCACUCCAACUGAGGACGACUGCGUAAAGAUCUACGAGGGUACGGAGGUCGCCGGCACACCAAGUCUCCAAUACUGCCGCUCCCACCCGCCGGCCUUUUACUCCGAAGGCCAGGCUCUGACCAUUAAUGUGCCCCUCCAGUUGGUGGACGAGUUCGAGGCUAACUUCAUGAUCAUGGACGCGACAUGUGGCAGCGUAUACACCGCCAUUAGCGGUCGUUUCAGUUCGCCGCACUACCCCGACGCGUAUCCCCCAGACAUUGAGUGCAUCUGGGAGCUAAAGGCCAGCCAGGGCAAUGCCCUCAGUCUCACCUUGGAAUCGAUGAGAAUUGAGGAAUCGGAGGGCUGCAAUCGGGAUUAUCUGGAGGUGCGCGAGGGUUCGGCGAGGGGAAACCUUAUAGGAGUUUACUGUGGCUCCCAGGUGCCCAGUACGAUACACUCGCGCAGUUCCAUCUGGAUGAAGUUCAAGAGCGAUGAUGCCAAUGAGAACGCGGGAUUCAUUGCCUUUUACAACUAUGAACGCAAUAACAAUUUGAAUGGCGAUGAUGGCAUUGUGGAAUCACCCCACUUUCCUAGCAAGUUCGAUGGCUCGUACUUGUGGCGAAUUUCCGUGGACGAGGGCUAUUUGGUGGUGGUAACAGUGCUCCACCUUAAGGAUGUAGACCAACCGCAUUUACGCUUCUACGACGGCUUUUCGGCUGAUUCAGAUCAAAUCGAAGUCACAGAUCCCGAAGGGCCCAUCCAAUCGAGCGGAAAUGUGAUAUGUAUCACCGCCAACGGCGCACCAUUCCGCCUAAGAUGGCACCAGUUGUCCACGAAAGUGCUGCACUCGGAAACGAGUAUCUGUGCAAACCAGCUGCUAAUUAUUGACCAAACGGCCAUCGAUUUGCACUCGCCGGGCUAUCCGAACGGCUACGAACAUGACUUGAACUGUAGUUGCAUUUUGAAACCCCUAAAUCCGGCCGAACAUGCGAUGAUAAAGCUGGUUAAAGUUGAUCUGGAGGUGUUCAGUGCUCCCGGAAUUGAGUGCUUAGCGGACUACUUAAAGAUCUCUAGCAGUAGUGACCUUCACAACUGGUCGGAGUUGAGUACACUAUGCUCUUUUCCCAGUGAAUCCAGUAAUAUAAGCUUCCACGGAAAGCCCUAUCUUCGGGUGGAGUUCAAUUCGGAUGCAUCAUUUAAUCAGACCGGUUUCAAUGCUACGGUGAAUACGGCCUGUGGUUCGCAUAUAAAGUCCGUGAAAGGGCGGGUCAACAUUACGGAGGUCCUGCAGAUCAAAGAUGUCCAGGGGAGCAGCCAGGAGUGUGAGUGGACCUUGGAGGUGCGGCAGGGCAGGAGAAUCAAGAUCGACUUUCCCGAAUCACAGUUUCAGAAUAGUGGUGGUGAUUUCAAUCACUGUGAUAAUUUCCUUAUCCUACACAAUGGACUCGAUCAAGACUCGCCCGUUUUGGGCAGCGGCAAAUACUGUGACAAUAAUAUUCAGGGUGUCCUGGAAACCUCUUCGAAUAGGGCCUAUGUAAAAUUACAGUACGUGGGCACACCCCGUUUUCGAGUGACCUUCCGUUUCGAGGAAGUGGAUCUGGGCUGUUCUGCCGGAAUCGAACUAUCCGCUGACGGAGGUGAAGAGUUCAUCAGCUCACCUGCGUACCCCGAUAUCCCUAAAGCGCAUACCGAAUGCAUGUGGACUGUGAGAGCUCCGAUACAGCAUCGCAUUGUGUUGAACUUUGAGGAUAAAUUCGAUCUGGACUCGAAGGAUUCAGAUUGCCUGGACGAGUACGUGCAGGUGUUCGAUGGCCGCACGACGUUAAGUCGACAGAUUGGUCGAUUUUGCGGCAAUCGCAAGCCGGACACCAUCUACUCCUCCGGCAAUCAGCUGAAAAUCCUCUACUACACGGAUAUUUUAAAUCCGCAUAUGGGCUUCAAGGCCAGUUUGAGAUUGGCCCGUUGCGGUGGCUCCUAUCACAGUCCCGAUGGGGUCAUAACCUCACCGCCGCCCAAUCUCCUGCUGACCGACAGCGACGAAGUGGGGGAGUGUGUGUACACCAUCGAACUGGAGAGCGACCACCAUAUCGAGCUGAACAUUGAGUAUCUCGAGAUCCCCGAAGAGAAGAAUGGCGGGUGCUUCAUGGAUAACCAUCUGCUGCUUGAGGGCGCGAACAGAACAAUCUGCGGACACACUCCUCAACACCUGUAUACCGAGAGCAACAUGAUCGUGAUCCGAUACCGUUAUCGGAAGGGCACUAUGCCGGAGGGUCAGGGAUUCCGUUUCCGCUACAAGUCAGUGCGUUCCCGCUGCAGUGAGACCAUCGUGGCCACUCAGGGCUUUCUUAUAUCACCCGACUAUCCCGAAGGUCCCGACACAGUAAAGUUCUGUGACUGGCACUUGGAGGUACCCAAGGGCCAACGAGUGCGCCUGGAAGUUCUAGACUUCAACAUGGACGAGAGGCCGAACCACUAUGAGUACCUCUGGGAACGAUACCUUCAAAUUGCCAACGAUCGCGAUAUGCUCUCUAUUAUAUGGAACAGCGACAGUCAUCCGCCUGCGGUUAUUGAGUCCUACCAAAAUACAAUGAGCAUCAAAACCCUUUUAUUGCCCCUAGCUAAUCAGAGAAUAAAGAUACGCUUCAGUGCUUUCGGGACCAGUUCGUGCCAGCUGCUCGAGAUCGAGCAAGAUCAGGUCAAGGAGCUGGCCUUUCAAGGUGUCAAUCUCACUCAGCCACUUUUCUGCAGCUAUAACAUGGAGCCAGCGUUGGACAGCACCAUUCUGAUUCGGGUGAAACAAUUCGACCAUAACCAUUCGAUAGAUUGGUUUCGAUUUGGCUGCUUUAUGUCAUCGCCGCUCCGGAUAAUCGAUAUGAAUCGGUCGAAAACGCUGAAGGGGAAUAUCCUCUGUGCCUUUAAGUCCCCCACGGCGAGUCAGAACCCUCCCUCUCUUGGAGUGCCGUUCCCCAUUCAAGUGAAAGUCAGGGUCGGCGUCCAUCAAUCCUUGCAGAAUCUAGUAUUGGAAUAUAGCAUGCAAGCCUGCGGUGGAGUGAUAACCCUCGAAGUGGGUCAGCAAAUGACGAUUGAACAGCCAUCGGGAAUGGAUGCGAUUCAGGGAGCCAUAGACUGUGCUUGGCUCAUUCGACCACCAAUUGGCGCAUACGUUUACCAUGAUAUCCUGUUGGAGGUGUUGCUGCAGGUCAGCCUGCCCACUUCGCCCUCGGCUGCUGGAUCAAACGAGACGGAUUGUUCUCACCACUACCUCAAAAUAUACAAGGAACCAUAUCAGCGCUCUAAAUUGCUAGGAACAUUCUGCAACCAUACAUACGCUCUAAAAUUGCCGAUAUAUAACGGUAUCUUCUUGGAAUACCACUCGGAUUACUUCAUCCCCAAUGCCACGUUCAAUGUGACCAUUACGUACGGAUCGGUAUGCGGUGGCAAGGUGACCCCACCAUACCGCGACAUCAAUUUUCGUGAGCAGUACAAAAAUAACGUGGAAUGCAUCUGGGAGGUGGAGGCGGAGUCGGGUUACCACAUUGGUCUCACCUUCCACGAUCGUUUCUACAUCGAGGAGAGCUCCGGCUGCACCAAGGACUAUCUGCUCGUUCAGCAACGCCAAGAAUCGUCCGGUAAUUGGACCGAUCUGCAGCGUAUUUGUGGUCGAUCGCCGCCGGAGAUGAUCAACACCACAACAACGUAUCUGCGACUGAUCUUCCGAUCCGAUGGCAAUGUGCUGGGCGAUGGUUUUGCGGUCAGGUUCGAGGUAAAUUGCGGAGGAGUACUUUACGCCGAUGAGAAGGACCAGCAGUUGACCAGUCCAGAUUACACGAGCAGCAUCAAAGAAAAAUGGCAAUGUAGUUGGACUAUAGUACCCAGAAAUCCCUCAGUGGGACAAGGGGUCCAGGUCAGCUUCUCACGAAGGCCCGACGUUUGUGAAGUCUACGAACUCACCAUGUACAUGCGAGAUGCCGAGGAUAACGUAAAGAACACCACUGUCUGCAAUUCACGGAAUCAAAUUAAUAACAUUACUAAAUACACAGGCAGGGAAUCGAUUAGUCUUCUUUUUCGUUAUGAAAACCUAGAAAAUUUUCAUGGUUUCAUAUUGCACUACAGCACUAUUCAAUGUGGAGGUGUAAUCAGCACAGCGGGAGUGAUUGAAUCCUCCCAAAUGCCUGAAAAUGAUUGUCUCUGGAAUUUGACUGCACCCGAAGGUCACAAGAUCAUUAUUAAAUUCGAGCUUUUGGAUAUCAAUUCCGAUGAUGACGACCGUUGUGUUAACAGUGGCGUCGAGGUGUACGCCGGUUCUAUUCCCAAAUUCGAAAACCGGCUAGUUCAUUUCUGCGGUCGCAUAAGCGAGGAUCUCCGUAUUAUCAAUAUUGCCCAGAAUUGGGGUCUCAUUCGCAGUUACUCGAGAACCAAUAAUGUGCCCUCCUUUCGAGUUUUGGUUAACAUGGUGCCAAACUGCGAUCAGCUAAUACAGCUGAACGGUUCCGUGAGCUAUAACUAUGAAAAAUUCAAGAACUCGGAAGGUUACGCCUCCAAUCUGGAUUGCCAAAUCGUUUUCCGGGUCAACAAUGAUCAGCAAAUCGCUCUACAGUUCAACAGCUUCCACGUUCAGCAGUCGGCGAACUGCAUCAAAGAUUAUGUGGAAUUGCGCGAUGGCAGCGGACCUUUUGCCGAUAUCAUUGGACGUUUCUGCGGUCAAGAUCUGCCGCCCAGGCUUAACACCACGCGGAAUAACAUCUUCCUGCGCUUCGUCACCGAUGCCCAAGUGAACGAUUCCGGCUUUGAUCUAACGAUAACUGCCAUACCAUGGAUUUGCGGUAAACCAUACAUUCAAUUGCACACCGACAGACAGAAAGAAGUCACAAUUACCAGUCCGUUGAGACCUCCGGGCGGGAAUUACGGCAAUGCUUGCUACUGGAGAAUCAUGGGCGAAUCGCCGUUAAUUGUUAAAUUUGUCAACUUUGAUCUGCAAGGACCCGAUGCCAACGGAAGCUGUGUAGACGAGUACCUGAAGAUCUACAGCAGACAGGAUGCCCGGCUUAUGGAAUUUGGGUCCUGGCUGUCAAUCGAUGGAGAUAGAUCCUCAAAAAAUGCCACGGAGCACGUAUACUGCGGUAACAUGAAGCCGGACACUUACCACGGCACCGACGAAAUGUACAUAAGGUAUCAGACGAAUGGAUUGGUCCCCCGAUCCGGAUUCCAGUUGCAGAUCUCCAUGUCCUCCAAAUGCGACCGUGUUUACGGCGGGCUUCAGGGAAGAAUUCGGCAAACAGCACAUUGUGAUAUCAACAUUCAAGCACCUGUCAAUCACACACUGAGUCUCUAUAUCAACAAACUGCGGCUGGAUAGCGUGUACUGCUAUAACUACUUAUGGAUCUAUGCCGACAGAUUUAAAUUUUUGAAAAAGUUCUGUCCCUAUGAGGACGAGGGAAAGGCCCUGUUCAGCCAUUCGGAUCGACUGACACUGAAUGUGAACACGUACGGAAAAGUAGAAAUGAUCGACAUCACCUAUCUGGCUACUCCGGCAGAUAAGGAACCCGGCUGCGGAGGGCACUUUUACAACUCCGCCGGCGUCUUUACCAAUCCCUAUUAUCCGGUCAAUGUUCGGAAUAACUCCGACUGUCGUUGGACCGUCCGUGUGCCGAGCAACAAUAAAGUACUUCUUGACUUUAGUUACAUCAAUCUUGGCUCGAAGAGCACCUGUCAGACGGACUACCUGCAGAUUCUAGAAAAGGAGAAUACUGGUGAGGAACAUGAGAUGCGGCGAUUCUGUGGCGAAGACGAUCCCAAAAUGUACAAGAGCCAGCGCAAUGAAGUGGUUGUCCACUUCCACAAGACAGUCAACUUCGAUGGCACCGGCUGGGUGAUCCGAUUCAGUGGAGUGUACUCAAAUUAUCGGAUACCCAAUGACUUGUUGCCAUAAGAAAUUCUGCCCACAAAAGACGGACAAGUAUAAUUGUAUUACACUUGUAAAAAUGCAGCUGUUGAUAGCUAAAAGGUGCCAAGAGUAUAUUUUUUCCUUUCAAAACCGAUACAAAAGCAACAUCUUCGAUAAUAAAGAAAUGUUGGCCUUAUCAGUUUCGAUAACAUACAUUUUUAAACAUUUUCUUUUUGAAUACUAUAGGACCAAAUUUUUUUUUUAUUGGAUAUGAUUUUGCCUUUGUUUUGGUUUCAAUAAAUACUCUUAACGCCUAUUGUCUUUUGUAAGCCUAAAACUUGUCAACAGCUGUAAGAAGUUAAACAAAUUAUUCCAUAUUUUUACAUAUUAAAAAACU